CAGCCUGGUCCCGCCCACCGAGGAGUCAUGGUUGCCAUGACUACCGCGGACCCUGUCGGUUCAAUGCGUUAAAAACUCGGCACCAGACGACGUGGACUCGGGAAGCUAAGGAAGGGAGAAGGAGUGAUGGCUGAUCUAGUUAAAGACAAACCCCAAAAACACGAGAAGAAAGUAGAAAAACUGCCCACGGACGGAACCAGAAGCAAAGAAAAAGCUGGCCGGACUAAGGACCCUGCGAUCACUGCUCCGGGCGUGGAUGAGCAAGGUGACGACCAAGGCACAGCUGGAAUGAUGGAGAAUACCUACCAACUGGGCCCUUCUGGACAGUUCCCUGUCUCUGCUGUCUCCAAUAUACUGAAGGAAGAAAUCACCAAUACUCUCCAAGAAGAGAAGUAUGAAGCACAGCGCUGUCAAGAUCUGGCCCUAACGCUCUGUGAAGGGAUAAGGAACCGUGUGAAGGAGCUUCUGAUCCCCAGAUAUAAAACCGUCGUCCUGGUCCACAUCGGCCAGCUCAACGGGCAGGGGAUGCAAAUCAGCAGCCGCUGCCUCUGGGAUCCAUCCUGUGACACAUUUACGUCUUACUCCUUCAAGAACAGCUCUGUGUUUUGCAGUGGCACUGUGUACGGGGUCUACUUUGAGUAACUCAGCUCAGGUUUUAGACGUUGGUGAAAGACUUCCAUAUUAAACAAGAACUUUGGACAAACAUUCAUGAUGCUUUUUAUUCAUGCUCACAAGAUAAAUCACAACA